CAAAAAUUCGAAGUUACAGUUACACAGUUAGUUACAUUAUUUAGUCAAGUCAACCCAGAAAGCAGCAAACCUGACAAUCACAGAACAGGUUUAUUGCGGAAUGUGAGAUCUCCAUUGUUGGUAUGAUUGAUGACAACACUUCAGUUGGCUCAAAGAACUGGUCCGUAUUCAAACAAACUCAAGUUCGAUACAAACGCCAGGUUGACGCUCCUGAUCGGCUGGACGAUGUAGAUGACUUUGUGGAUUUCGGCCGAGCCGAUGGGCGGAUUCAGCGCAUUGUCGUACCAAAAAGCGAAGAUUUUGCUUUUUACAAAGGGCCCGUCUAUGGAGUAAAUGAGUUCCCUGGAUUCUUAUACGCACCGCAGGCGCUUUCUGAACUGCUACAAGCAGAGCUUUCCUUUUUGGCGGUUUCUUCGUUUUGUGAACGCCCUCACUCAACCAAUAUUGACAAGGUCCCUUGCAAAAAUUGGGAAAUAGACGAUGGACAACGAUGCAUGUGGGAAGAAUGGAAAUUAGAGCAAAUGGAAACUUAUACAGAGGCAUCCCAAAUGACUUCCAAAAGUUCGUCCAGACCAAAGUAUAGAAGUUUCAGAAAGCUAUCCUGGGCUACGAUGGGCUAUCAUUACGACUGGAAUACUCGAUCGUACAAUGAAAAGGCAAAAUCACCGAUGCCAAAAUUGUUGGAACGGAUUGCGGAAAUAUUCGCUGCAACGUCUCUUCUUGUCGACGGACAGGAUCCAUGUUUCACGGCUUCAGCCAGCAUCGUCAACUUCUACACGCCCAAGUCCAUGAUGGGUGGACACCGGGAUGAUUUAGAGCAUGCUCUGGACAAACCAAUUGUUUCUAUUAGCUUAGGACGACCGGCCGUAUUUCUGUUGGGUGGAAACACCAAGGAUGAUCAACCAGUAGUAGCGAUACUAGUUCGACCGGGAGAUGUUAUGAUGAUGGGAGGGGCAUCCCGGUUGCGCUAUCACGGAAUGGCCCGACUACUGCCUACGACCGGUCUACCCUCAGUCGAGAAAGACCGUGUGCCAGACUGGGAUUUGCAGCUUUCUGCAAAAUCGUUAGGAAAGGAAGCGGAACUUUCGCAGUUUGAAGAGGACGACCGAAGGGCUUUGGCAUCUUUUCUGGAACAACAUAGAAUCAAUAUCAACGUUCGCCAAGUAUACUCCGGAACGUAG